AUGCUAUCUAGUGUACUUAGAAUUACAGCGGAAACGAAAAAAUGGGCCUAAGAGCACUGCCUCUUCAACAUAACGGUGGGUUCAUCUCCACGACCAAAGUUCCGAUCGCAAGAACCUCGCAGAGAUUAAGCCGGAACCCUAGAUGGGUCGUGGUGUCGGCCAAGCAAGAGAAAGAUGAGGAGAAGAAGAGGGGAGAUGAGACUUCAUUGUUCACCAGACUAACCGAUGCGUUGGAUUUCGCACAGGUUCGGUCGGAGAAAGACGCCGAGCUUCUCUACGAGGCCCGUGAAGCCACCAAAUCCGGUGGCAAAAUGAGCAAGGAACAGUAUGGGGCGUUGAGAAGAAAAAUUGGAGGGACGUACAAGGACUUUUUUAAAUCAUACGUUGAAGUGGAUGGAGAAUAUGUCGAGGAAGGAUGGGUGGACAAAACAUGUAAGGUAUGCAAAAAGGACACAAAGGGUGAGGCAAGACAAGUGGACAAGGCAGGGAGAUAUGCUCAUGUCUCCUGUCUUCAAAAUCCCUCCAACUCUUCUGGAAAUUUCUUCACCAGACUCUUCUCAAGAUGAUCAAUCUCCCAAAUCAUAUACUGAAUGUGUUUGUUUCUGUUUUUUUUUAUAGCUAAGUCAUUCUUGCAAUUUUGUGUCUCUUAUAGAAAUCGAAAUUAUACACAUGCCAAAACAAAAAUUAUGUUUAUUGGGAUCUUUAGAAACAAAGACAAAACGAUAUCACUAGAAACUAGUUACAAGUCUA